AAGUAGAUAAUUUAUGGGAUACGGUAAUAGCAAAAGUUAUCAAAAUUGUAAGCGAAAGUUUAGAUGAUUGUCGUGAUCCGGAAUUAUUUAAGCAAAUCAAAUUUAGCUUAUUUACAUUCAUUCAAACAUUAGAGGAUUACGGAUAUAAUGUUAAUAACUUUGUAGAAUUAGUUUCAAUUAUUUUCAGGAAAUAUUCAGAUAUGCUGAAACACAAAUUUUCAGUAGAUUUUCAUCAAACAAUUAUUGAUGAUGAUUAUAUGCCAAUGCAAGUUUCUUACCGUGAAGAAUAUGCUGCAGUGGUUGAUGCAUGCUGGUUUAAAGAAGAUAAUCGGAUUAGUCAAGGAUUUCCGAAAACACUUCCGUUCUCUCAAGCAUAUCCAUCUUGUUGUUUGGACAUUAAGAAUUUUGUGAAUCAAUAUUAUCAAUUUGCAGAGGAUGAUUCACGAAGAUAUAGUUAUGUUGACGAUAUAGUCCAACAGACUCUUGACCAUCUUCUUAUAGAUCAUGUUGAUGGAGCGUUACGUGGGAAAUUACAAAGCACUAAUAUGUCUCAGAUUGUUCAAAUUAUAAUUAACCUCGAAUAUUUUGAAGGUGCAUGUGGUGAGCUCGAAAAGUUGUUGAAGGCUAAAAGGUCUUCGCACCGUGGAGGAAAGAUUAAAUUGUAUGCAAUAGAUGAAUUUAGGGAAACACGUAAGAAAGCUGAAAAACGUAUAUUUGAAUUAGUUAAUUCCAAGAUCGAUGACUUUUUAGAAUUAGCCGAUUAUGAUUG